GAACAAUUUAUAUCCCUAUAUUAUGUAACAAGCACGCAAGGUCACGUUGCAAAUGCGUGCUGUCAGAUCUAGGCAUACACUGUUUAAUAUCCCGCCGUUAGUUACAACGAUUAAUUCAUAAAGUGCACUUUGUCUAGGUAGUAAAAAUCUUCAUAUCAGUUUGAGUAGUCGCAUUUACAGGUUGUGUUGCACAAUGACAAUAAAGCAUAUAUUAUCGUUAUCAAAUGCAGAAUUUAAGAAAUUUAUGGACUCCAUUGAUGUAGUUUUAUCAGAUUGCGACGGUGUAUUAUGGAGAGAAACCGAGGUAAUAAAGAAUUCACCUGAAACAGUAAAUAAAUUCAAAGAACUGGGUAAAAAAUUUUUUUAUAUAACAAACAACAAUACCAAAACUAGAUCUGAAUUUAUAGAAAAAUGUGGACAUCUUAAAUAUGAUGCAACAAUAGAUGAAAUAGUGUGUACUUCAUUUUUGAGUGCUAUGUAUCUGAAGGAAAAAAAAUUUGAUAAAAAAGUAUAUAUAGUUGGAAGUGUUGGUAUUAGCAAGGAACUUGAAGCUGAAGGUAUCAAACAUUGUGGUGUGGGACCAGAUAUAAUGGAAGGUGACGAAGUAGAACUGGUAAAACAGUUUAAACCAGAUCCAGAAGUUGGAGCAGUUAUCGUAGGCUUUGAUAAAUAUUUUAGUUUUCCUAAGCUUGUAAAAGCUGCUACCUAUUUACAGGAUCCAAAUGUUCAUUUUAUAGGAACAAACUGUGAUACAGAAAGACCUUCCCCAAAUGCUAACACAUUUCCAGGAACUGGCUGUUUUAUAAGAACCAUAGAAACAGCAUGCAAUAGAUCAGCAAUAAUGCUUGGAAAACCAGAAUCUUUUGUGAGUGAAUACAUUACGAAGAAAUAUGGUUUAAAUCCACAAAGGACACUCAUGAUUGGAGACAAUUGUAAUACCGACAUUCUCCUCGGAAAACGAUGUGGAUUUAAAACUCUUCUCGUAUUAACGGGUAUUACAACACAGAAUGAUAUACAUGCCAUGAAUACUUCUGCUGCAAAUUCCAAAGAUUUGGUAAUUCCAGAUUAUUAUGCAAACGAAUUAGGUGAUGUACUAAAAAUGAUUCCAUCACUUUGAUGAUUUUAUUAUUUCCAAAAAUCGAAUACUUCU